AUGGAGGGAAACACAGAAAGCCGCUCUUGGAAAGAAGAUUCCAGCGAAGGAGUGCUAAUAUGCACGUACGCCAUCACGGACCCUGAGUUUCCAUACAGCAUAGACAAGAUAAGGCUGAGAUACAGCUAUAAACAGGACACAGUGGCUCUACUGGACAUAGAUAACAAAAAAAUAUGCAUGAAUGUGUCUGUGGGGUACAUCCGAGUGAGAGAUAAAAUGUCGCAUGAAGAGUACGGAGAGAUGGUGUUCCGCCAAAUAGAGAAUAUUCUUGCUGGGAAACCUGUGGAAACUGUCAAAGCAGAAGAAGCUAAAAAAGAAACAGUAGUUCUGGAUCUGACAGACAGCCCCAUUCGAGAGGGAAACUACAUUCUAUUCACAUACGCAUCUAGCAACAUUCAGGCCUUCAAAAUAAAUACAAUAUCACUCUCUUUGUUCUGCAAACGUUGUAACACUCUGAACGUAAAGAGCAUCGGAGAGGGUGGCUCUGACAUAAAGAAAAACACAAAAACAAGAUUUGACUGCGUUAAAUGCACCGUGCAGCUAAGUGUAGACAGCGCAUUUCACUUGGUUAUUCCAAGCGGUGGCAAUACAAAUAACCUUAUGCGGCUAGAGUACACGGGAGUAUACAAUGUAAGCAUUCGAGAAGUAAGCCUAAACUGUCUGUGCAGUGAGUGCAGCGCAUCCCAGGUGCUUCAGCUUGAUAAAAAGACGCCCUGCUCCUGCGGGUGCAUUUUGGAAAUGCGAAAAGAUAAGGCCAAGCCGUUACAGGAAAUUAUUUCGCAAAGCUCGGUACCACUGGCGAAGAUGCCCCUCAGAGGAGAUGUGAAUGCGCUUCUAAAAACAGGAGGUACGUGCGAGCACUACAAAAAGUCCAGCAGAAUAUUUAUCUUUCCGUGCUGCAAUGGAAGAUAUGCAUGCGAUAUUUGCCACAAUAAGCAUGAAUCGCAUGCAGCUGUGCGUGCUAGCAGAAUGAUAUGCGGGAAGUGCGGGGUGGAGAGUCCUGUGAGCCCUGUGUGCGGAAGCAGUGUGUGUAAAGCAGCUCUCACUGGGAAGGCAUCUUCUUUCUGGGAAGGCGGGAAGGGCUCUCGUAAUAAGAUCACAAUGUCCAGAAAAGACUCUAAAAAGUACUCAAAGUGA